AUGCCUAUCAAAUUCCCCAAGUUUUCACGACGAAAAUCCGCUGGAAACGCGUUGGAAGCUGGCUACGAACCCGCCAACCAGGGAGUCCAGGUUCAAUUAUCAGCACCUGAACCACAGGAACAUCACGACCGCCAUAGUAAUAACACCAACCCUACUACUAUUGCAAAGUCCUCUACGUUCGGGGGAGGAGGAUACGGUGGGCCCCAACAACGUCAAAAUCGUGGCAGUGGAAACACCAGUGGAUCUGGAUAUUCGAACACCGAUUAUGCUUCUACUGGCUCCAUAAAUCGCCUGAGUUCAAGUUCAACAUUACCUUCAUCUGCGGACGCCCCACGGACACCUGCAUCGACCGACGAUCAUCACGCAGGUGCUUAUACUCACAGCAGCGCGGCAAAGUCUACUAAAUCAAACAUUACUACCACGUCUUCCACAGGUUCUUCUACCCAAAAACGUUCCGGCGGCGGCAUCUACGGUCCCUCAUCGCCGCGAAGAGAAAACAUGACCUCAACACCCCCCAAACUUGAAACUACCCUGGACACAGGCUCCCUUUUUGGAGAAGAUAUGUUUUCGUUUUCUGCAUCAAAGGGUACCGGCGUACCCCCAGCGACGGGUGGAGGGAUUGGGGCAAUACCACACACGGCACCGAAAUUGGCCUCGACAAGGAUUAUUAAUACUAGUGACAAUCACAACGACAUUUCUCCAGUGCCUCCUCCUAAAACCAACAUUUAUGCAAGCCCAACACACAUGGACAGUGACAGGCCAGCCACGAGCGAGUCGCCCUACGGUUGGGGUACAGGAGGCGCGGAAGAUUUACCGGCACCCCCUACUAUGCCCGCGGCAAAAAAUAACAAUUCCCCACGCAAUUCACGAAACCUAACUCCGGGACAGAAUAUACAACCAGCUCCUUCACAUUCCCAUUCCGAUUCUUUGAGUGCACCCAGUAGACAAGCGAAGCCAGGUCGCCAGCAAGCGCAGAGAGGUGAUAGUUCAGAGUCCCUUGGCGUGAAGCGGAAUACAAACAUACGACGACCGUCAUAUCCUGAAGAUGAGGAGUCUACACCGAAGGGUAACGUGCAACAGCAGAAACAACAGAUUGAUCGGCGGGCUGCACAAUCGGCACUACCGUCAUCAUUGCAGAUUGGGGGUACUGCGAAAGGGCUUUCAGAUAGAAUGAAGGGCAGGGAUAGUGGUUGGGAGGAGUCUGUAGCUUCUGGUUCUUCAUCAGUCAAUAGCUACCCCGGAAACAGUUCCUCCGGAAGUUCCCAUCACGACACUAGAGGCACAAGUCCGGCAAUGUCGCGAGUAAACACCGAUUCUAUAUAUAACUUGCAAGAUAACGGACCUAAGGCCAGAUCCACAGCGCCAGCACCAGCGUUAAAACCAAUUCAAUUGACAGAUGGAGAUGACAUGGAUUUCGACGAAUCUAUCUCUGCAUCUGCUAGCUUGGCGGCUAGGUACGAGAACUUGGAGCAGGCCAAACCCACCAACGCACCCAAUAAGGUGAUGACCCCUGCUCAGUUUGAAAGAUACAGGCAAGAGCAGGAUAAUCAGCGAAGGCUGUCUGGGAAGUCGUUCACUGAAAGCGACAAUGAAUCCGGCUCGGAAUCUGAAGAAGAAUCGGAGACCGAGAAGCACAAGGAGGCUCUAAAGCAACGUCAGAAACAGGAAGCACAUUUGUCUGUUUACAGACAACAGAUGAUGAAGAUCACUGGUUCACAGCCCAUGGAACAGCCGUAUAAUGCUAGGGGGUCAAUCAGCGCAUCUGCUUUGCCGCUACCUAUGAACAACUCUAUGCCGCAGUUGAGCCUAUCAGGGCCAGGAUCCAGUGGGAGAAGCUCCGAGGAAGAGGAUGAAGAAAUUCCACUGGGGAUAUUGAUGGCUCACGGAUUUCCCAGCCGUAGUAGACCACCAACUCGACUCUCGAAUGCAAGCUCUCAGCCAAAUCUCAGACAGUCAGCAAUGAUUCAGGACUCGAGAUUACCGCCGUUUGCAAGGAACCUCCCUGCCGACCCCUAUAACUUGGGUGCUAGUAUUAUCAAUCCAACCAACAGAAUGUCACUUGCCUUUGGUGUUGGGGGUGAUCAGAGAUCAGUUGCUGGUGGGUCUGUUUAUGGCGGCGAUAUGCCAGCACGUCGUCAGCCUGGUGGGUUGAUCGGCGAAAUUAUGAGGACGGAAGAGAUGAAGGCGGCGAGGAGGGGUGGCAGUCAGCAGCAAUUCAUUCCACAAAAAGAUCCUUUUAACGCAGAUCCAUUUGAUAGGCACCCAUCGCCAGGUGGUGGUAUGCUUGGUCUUGGAGGAGGGGCUCUACCGGGCCAGUAUGGUGGCGGAAUGGGGAUGGGACAACAUAUACCUGGAAACAUGAGUCCUAGAUUGGGCCCGAGUGUGGGUAUGCCUGGCAUGCCUGGCAUGCCUCCUAUGCAGAUGCCCACAGCGGCCCAAGGAACAGACCCAAUGCAAAUGCAGAUGGCAAACCAGAUGCAGCAGAUGAUGCAAAUGCAAAUGCAAUGGAUGCAGAUGCAGAUGCAAAUGCAGAACCCGCAGCAAGCCCAACCAAUGCUUAGCCCACCUGUAAUGGGUCAGAGGCCAAUGAGUAUGGCUGGCCCCGGCGCUGGCAAUUUCUCUGCUAUGCCACAACCACAUCAACGAACCAUGAGUAUGAUGGAACCACUUCCAAUGUUCCAAGGCCCUGGUUAUACUCCCUCGAUUGCUCCAAGCCAAAGAGGUGGUGGUAGUGGUGGUGGCCUCAUGCCUAGUGGACUUAUGCCACCAGGAGGAUACACCCCUUCGAUUGCUCCAUCCGAACGAAGCACUGUAGGACUUCCUUCCCGUUACAGACCCGUGUCGUAUAUGGCCCCAGUCGGCGGCUCUCAGCCCGGUGCACGGACGUCUUCCUUGAUCUCUGGGAUUAGCCCAGACAUGAGUAAGAAGGGAGCUGGCCCGUCACACCUAAAGAAUUCUGGGGCUGCUUCAGAUGAUGACGAUGACGAGAGUGGUUGGGAAGCUCUGGAGAGGAAGCGCCAAGAGAAGAAGGAGGGAUGGAAGAAGAAGAAAGAGACUGGAUUGAAGGGCAUUUUGAGUUUUGGAGCUUCUUCCGGGCCUAGUGAUUCCAAGUAA